AUGCAAGCCAUCAAGUGUGUCGUUGUCGGGGACGGAGCUGUGGGUAAGACCUGCCUCCUCAUCAGCUACACCACCAAUGCCUUCCCUGGAGAGUACAUCCCCACCGUCUUUGACAACUACUCCGCCAACGUGAUGGUGGAUGGCAAGCCGGUGAAUUUAGGCCUUUGGGAUACGGCGGGACAGGAGGACUACGACAGACUGCGCCCGCUCUCCUACCCUCAAACGGAUGUGUUCCUCAUCUGCUUUUCGCUCGUGAGUCCGGCCUCCUUUGAAAACGUCCGUGCCAAGUGGUACCCUGAGGUGAGACACCAUUGUCCCAACACUCCCAUCAUCCUGGUGGGCACCAAGUUGGAUCUGAGAGAUGACAAAGACACCAUCGACAAACUGAGGGAGAAGAAACUGGCCCCGAUCACUUAUCCCCAAGGCCUUGCCAUGGCCAAAGAGAUCACCUCUGUCAAGUACCUGGAGUGUUCUGCCCUGACCCAGCGCGGCCUUAAAACGGUAUUCGACGAGGCCAUCCGCGCCGUCCUUUGCCCCCCGCCUGUCAAGAAGAAGGGCAAGAAGUGCAGCCUCCUCUAA